UGGUUUCAACACGCUCGCCGCUCGCGUGUCGCAACUGCAAUCUUUUCCGCCUCAUCGCUUUGUUCAUUUCUCCGCUAUUAAUCCCCGUAAGAGGUGCCUCAUCCAGAAGAGCAGAACAAUCCUCCCAAGCAAUGAGACAUCAAUCUUCUUUGAAAUCACAUUAUCGCUCGGUCUUCUGACAUUCCGAGACGUGUACGAAUGGUAAUUCUUCGAAUGAGCAAAGCGAAGGAGUCUGGCAUUGCUGAUAUUCUACGGGUUAUAAAAGAUAGAAGUGCGUUUUGUGGCAGAUGGUCGAGGUCUAUUUUCUCAAUUUUCCACACAGUGCUUGCAAAAUUCCACCUUUAAUCCUCGCAUUUCUCCUAAACUUCGCCACCAACGUAUAAUCAACAUCACUUCUGCUAGUCCACGCCAGUCCGCUUCACUCUCUGUCUUGCCCCCUGCUGAUUCCCUGCCGGUCCCCGCACAUGAAACUCUGACAUCAGCAGCGCGCCGUCGACAACAACGAACAACCACAACGCGGACAGCGCCACCGUCAUCAAAGUUAUAAUUUUGUAACCAAGAGCAGCAACAUCGCUUUGGCCAGCAGCACCACCAUCGUGAGCCAUCGCAGCAGCCAUCGAAGCCACCCCGAGAGCAGGAAAAGAAAAUGUCCCUCAGUUCGCGGGCGGCAGUGUGAUCAAAAUUGAUCGGAAUCAUGGAGGAGCAAGUCUAACCACGACGGGACGAAUUGUCCGCGUUGCUUGCUUUGGGCGCACCCUCGAGAGUUCGAGACCUGGCACUCUGACUUCCUCUGCUGUUGCUGCUGUUCUUCCUCAUGGAGCUGCGCGUCGGCAACAAAUUCCGUUUAGGACGGAAAAUUGGGAGCGGCUCCUUCGGAGACAUUUAUCUAGGCACCAAUAUUUCCACCGGCGAAGAAGUCGCCAUAAAGCUAGAAUGCAUUAAAACGCGGCAUCCCCAACUCCACAUAGAAUCCAAGUUUUAUCGGAUGAUGCAAGGUGGUGUUGGGAUCCCAACGAUAAAAUGGUGCGGAUCGGAAGGAGAUUACAAUGUUAUGGUGAUGGAAUUACUAGGACCGUCCCUGGAGGAUCUCUUUAAUUUUUGUUCUAGAAGAUUUACCUUAAAAACUGUUCUACUUCUUGCCGAUCAGUUGAUAAGCAGAACGGACUACAUUCACAGUCGCAACUUCAUCCACCGGGAUAUUAAACCCGACAACUUCCUUAUGGGUCUUGGAAAGAAGGGAAACCUCGUGUAUAUUAUAGACUUUGGACUUGCGAAAAAGUACCGCGAUGGGCGGAAUAACAAGCACAUACCAUAUCGGGAGAACAAAAAUCUCACUGGCACAGCGAGAUACGCCAGUGUAAACACACAUCUGGGAAUCGAACAAUCUCGGAGAGAUGAUCUCGAAUCACUAGGCUAUGUUCUGAUGUACUUCAACCGAGGUAGCUUACCCUGGCAAGGAUUGAAGGCCGCUACCAAAAGGCAGAAGUACGAGCGGAUUUCUGAAAAGAAAAUGUCCACUGCCAUCGAAGAGCUCUGCAAAAGUUACCCGGUCGAAUUUACGACGUACCUCAGAUACUGCCGGCAAUUACGCUUUGAGGAAAAACCGGACUACUCGUAUCUCCGACACCUUUUCCGAACAUUAUUCCAUAGUCAGGGUUUCACAUACGACUACGUAUUCGAUUGGAAUAUGUUGAAAUUUGGCAGCGCGAGGCAACCCGCUUUACCGUCGGCGCAACAAGCACCGACGCACUCGCAGCCGACGAACGCCCCUCUGCCAUCUGGGACCAACAACGAUCAAGAACACCGAGCGAGACCCUACACGCGGCAAGGACCGACAAACACGUCUGUAGCGGCUGUGGGAUCGGCGAUGGUCUACGCUGGUAUACCAGAACGCAAGGCGAAGUUGCAGCACGUCCCGGAUGUACGCGGUGACCAGGACAAUCAGGACAAGAGCGAUUUCCAAGCGGGAGCUGGUGGCCAAGAACGAAGGUUCAGUAGGAGAUUGCAUUGUAGUAAUGCAGCUGGCGCUGAAAAGCCUCCUAGAUCCAAGUAAGCCGAAAGCUAAGAAACUAAGCUAGAUCGAAAAGUAGGUAAACGAAAAAAAAAGAAAAAAAAGAGGGACGAUGUUUUCUCGUCGCGGUGCUCGAAGCGAGAAUCGUGUUCCUGUGCCACGGUAAAGGACGCUGACUGAAAGAUUGAGCUUUGCGAGCAUUCCCUCUUUCUCAGGAUCGACAAUCUCACGAGAAAACUUUUACACGUCAAUGUGAGCCGAUGAAAUGAACACACGAGUUCAGAAUGAUUUCGCCAUUAACAUUUUAUUUUGAACCAAUGGUAAAUUAAUCACCUUUUGGAAAUUAUUUCAUUUUUGAAGAGAUCACUGGCGAAAUUUUUUGUGUACUGAAUCCAAGGAAUCAGUAGUGUACCUUGAAGCUACUCUUAUUUUCUAUUGCACAUUUUUUCUUUUUUUUUUAAUGUGGGGUUUUACUUUAUGUGGAAAUAUAAGAGUAUUCAAUAAAUAUUCAGUUACCGAUACUUAAGACUGUUGAAAAGAAGUACGGUUAUUGAAAUGUACAAAAAUAGAUAAAUUAAGAUAGUACUUUUGUACAUUAGAUUUGCACUAGAUGUUAGAAGUUUUAGGGAUAGUCUUGCUUCUAUGCCAUGAUUUGGUAUAUUUCAAGAAUUUUGUUUAAGGUUAAUAGAUUUGGGACGAGAGUAGUGAACAUUUAACCUGUUGGUUUAUUGACUCAUAAAAAAGUGUGUGUUUAAAUUCGAAAAAAUUCCAAUCGGAGGGUUUUUUUAAAUGUGUUUUGUUUAAAAAAUUUGAAAAGACAUUCACAAAUUUGACUAUGUAACACUAAAGUAGGAUAAUUUCAAAUUAAAAUUGUGAAAAUUUCAAAUCAGAAGAUUUUCAAAUAAAGAGGAGUUUAAGAAAAUGUUGAUAUUUUCAAAAUUUGGAGACUUUUAAAUUAUAUACUUCAAAAUAAAAAAUGUGGAUAUGUUCAAAUGUAAAAAAAUCUCGAAUAUGUUUUUCAAAGAAAUGUGGAGAUAUUCAGCGUCUGGAUAUUUUUAACGUGAAAGUUUUGCAAUUAAAAAUACUUGAAAAUUUCAAUGUCUUCGAAUUGGAAGAGUUUCAAGAAUUUGAAGGCUGCUCCGAAUUGACAUUUUUUUUACUUUCCGAAGCUUCCAAAUUUGAAUACAAUAUUCUUCUAUUUUCAAAAGUCACUUGUUUUUUAAUAUUGUUUACUAGAUAAAUUUAUGCAGGACAAAUAAAAAUGCAUUUUGAGAUGCUAA